AUGUCAAUGUUUGGAAUCACCAUGAUGGGGGCUCAAAAUUGUUUUGAGUUCAAUAAGGGAAUUUAUGAAAAUUUUGAGGAAGAAUAUGAUCGAGUUGAAUCGAAGAAUCAAACCAUUCCUCAAUCACAGAAUCAAUCAGAAAAGAAAAAACAAUUUUUUAAAUAUGCAAAACCUUCAUCGGACACAAAGGCACCAGUUGCUAACCAAGAUCAACCUUUUGCAAUUACUUCUAAAUAUAUAUCUCCACUAUCAAGAAAUGCAUCUCAAUUUGAAAAAACAAAAUUGAUUGUUAAAGAGCCUUCGCCUGACAAGACUGUUUCUUUAGGAAAUACCGUUGAAAUGACUUCGUUUAAUUAUUUAAAAGAGAUGAAAGAAAAACAUGUUCGAUAUAAUUUAGAGCCGACAGAGAAGUUCAAGUAUCCCAUUACCUCCUAUCAAGAGAUUGGAUGGCUGUCGAGUGUUCGAAAUAUACCUUCCACAUCGACUUUCAAAGAUCCUGGGAAAAUGCACUUUGCAAAUAUGUUCCAUAACAUGUCAAAUAUAGAAAGGGAAAAGAACAAUUCACAGAGAGAUGGACGAAAGCAACACUUUCCAUGCAGUCACACAGACAUUGUUCAAUAUCGAAAUAAUAUGAUUUUAAAUAACCAUUUGUAA